AUGGCUGAAUUCUUGCUACCUGGUACCAACAACUUCCGUAGGUUCACUCAGGAAUCCUUGGCAGCCAUCAAAAAGAGAAUUGCUGCCAAAAAGAUUUGUAAAAAGAAUGCUACAGAGCAGAAACCUAAGGAGAAAUCACGUCCCCAGCUUGACCUAAAAGCUUUCCAGAAGUUGCCAGCUCUAUAUGGAAAUCCUCCUCCAGAGCUCAUUGGGGAACCACUGGAGGAUCUUGACCCAUACUACAAAGAUCAUAAGGUUUUCAUAGUGCUAAACAAGCAGAAAACAAUCUACAGAUUUACUGCUACACGUGCCCUGUGGAUCUUCAGUCCCUUCCAUCCAAUACGAAGAAGAGCAAUUCAAAUUUUAGUGCAUUCAUUGUUCACCUGGUUUAUCAUGUGCACCAUUAUAACUAAUUGUGUAUUCAUGGCUCUGUCUGAGUCAUCUAAAUCUCCAUCUUCAUGGAACACAUAUGUUGAAUUUACAUUCACUGGCAUUUACACUUUUGAAUCAUUGAUAAAAAUAUUGGCGACAGGAUUCUGUCUAAAUGAAUUCACUUUCCUUCGGGACCCCUGGAACUGGUUGGAUUUCACCGUUAUCGUCAUGGCGUAUGUGGGAGCAUUUAGUGACCUGGGGAGUGUGUCAGUCCUCCGGACUUUUAGGGUUCUCAGAGCUUUAAAAACCAUUUCAGUAGUCCCAGGGCUCAAGAUCAUUGUAGGGGCACUUAUCCAGUCUGUGAAGAAACUUGCUGAUGUGAUGAUCCUGACCGUUUUCUGCCUGAGUGUUUUUGCCCUCAUAGGCCUCCAGAUUUUUAAGGGCAAUCUCAGGCAAAAGUGCAUCAGGAACACUACAGAGUUUUGCAAUAAAACAUGGGAAAGUUAUGAAAAGUUUGCUAAUGAUUCAGAUGACUUUGCUAUAAAAAAUGGUACUGUGGAUAUUUUGCUGUGUGGUCCUGGUGCUGGGGUCUGUCCUCCUGGAUAUAAAUGCUGUAAAAUUGGGCCAAACCCUGAUUAUGGUUUCACCAGUUUUGAUACAUUUGGCUGGGCUUUUCUUUCCUUAUUCCGCCUGAUGACCCAGGACUACUGGGAGCGUCUGUACCAACAGACCCUCAGAGCUUCUGGGAAGGUGUAUGUAGUCUUCUUCAUGAUGGUCAUCUUUCUGGGCUCAUUUUAUCUAGUCAACUUGAUUCUGGCUGUAGUAACAAUGGCAUACGAGGACCAGAACAAGGCUACCAUUGCUGAAACUGAGGCAAAGGAAAGGAAAUUUCGGGAAGCCAUGGAAUUACUGCAGAAGGAGCAAGAGGUACCAAGUGUAGUCAGCAUAAUUACCAGUGUCUUGGAGGAACGUGUAGAAGCUCAGCAGAAAUGUCCACCACGCCUGAAGAACUUUGCUUUAAAAUAUUUAAUUUGGGACUGUUGCCCACUUUGGCUGAGAAUCAAGGAAAAAGUGUCUGCUUUCAUAAAGGAUCCUUUUUUUGAUCUCACCAUCACAGUUUGCAUUGUGAUGAACACUUUGUUCAUGGCACUGGAGCACAAUAAUAUGUCACCUACUUUUAAAUUCAUGCUUAAAAUAGGAAAUCUGGUUUUUACAGGGAUCUUCACUGCAGAAAUGAUCUUAAAAAUCAUCGCUCUAGAUCCCUAUUACUAUUUUCAGCAGCCCUGGAAUAUUUUUGACAGUGUCAUUGUCACACUGAGUUUAAUUGAACUGAGUUUCCCCAAACACAAAAGCAAGAAAGAAAGGAGAAAAGGAGGAACCCUGUCAGUUUUACGAUCCUUCAGACUGCUGAGGGUCUUCAAACUGGCAAAGUCCUGGCCAACUUUAAACACUCUAAUUAAAAUAAUUUGUAACUCCCUGGGAGCACUCAGUAAUCUGACCCUCGUCCUGGCAAUCAUCAUUUUCAUUUUUGCUAUAGUAGGGGUGCAACUUUUUGGGAGAAAUUAUGUGCUCAACUGCUCUAAAAUAAGCAAAGACUGCAAGCCACGCUGGCACAUGAAGGACUUUUUCCAUUCAUUCCUCGUCAUUUUCCGAAUUCUGUGUGGAGAGUGGAUUGAGACCAUGUGGGACUGCAUGGUGGUUGCUGAACCAUCCCUGUGUCUGGUUGUCUUUCUGCUGGUGAUGGUGAUAGGAAAUUUGGUGGUUCUCAACCUUUUCAUUGCACUGCUGCUGAGUUCUUUUAGUGCUGACAGUCUCCAGACAACAGAGGAUGAUGGAGAGAUGAACAAUCUUCGGAUUGCCUUCGCUCGGAUCCGCAAGGGAUUCCACUUUGUCAAGAGCGCCACGUGGGAUGCCUGUUGUAGGAAGCUCAGGCAGAUAAAGACAGUGCACAGGAAGAGAAUCAAAUUGACUGCACAAAACUCACUUGGGUUCAAGAGUGAAGAGGCAAAGAGUUGUAAAGAGAAUUACAAUAAUGAAUGGAUUGAGAAAAACGGGGAUAAGUGCCCAGGUCUUGAAGAUUUUGUUAGAAAUCCCAACAUAUUUGUUUGUGUCCCUAUUGCUGAGGCAGAGAAUACGAGUGAGGGUUUUGAAGAUGAUGAUAAACUGAGCACAUUUACUGACACAGAAUGCAGCAAACAGGAUGAAAAUCAACUGAGGCAAAGGGGAGACAGAGCAAAAAAUUCAAGCAGCUGGAGUAAAGGAUCAGGAUUUGCCUCUGAAGAAUUCAGUGUGCUUUAUCUAGAAAAGGACAAGAAGGGUGAACUCUCAUCACCAGAAGAUAAAGAGCUGGACAGUGUCAGCUCUUCUGAAGCCAGCACAGUGGAUCUGGCAAACCCAGAAGAUGUUUUAAAACAGAUUCCAGAAUUUUCUGAAGACUUCAAGACUCCAGAACAGUGUUUUCCAGAAGGUUGUGCUCGGUACAUUCAUUGUUGCCUGGGCAGUGCUGAAAAGUUUGGAGGAGAAACCUGGUGGAACCUGAGAAAAACCUGCUACCAGAUUGUUGAACAUUCCUGGUUUGAAUCCUUUAUCGUGUUCAUGAUUCUUCUGAGCAGUGGAGCCCUGGCAUUUGACGACAUCCAUAUACAUAAGAGAGAAAGAAUUAAAGCGAUAUUGUUAUUUCUUGACAAAAUGUUCACUUUCAUUUUUGUCCUGGAGAUGCUCCUAAAGUGGGUGGCUUAUGGCUUCAAGAAGUAUUUCACCAAUGCCUGGUGCUGGCUGGACUUCCUCAUUGUAGGCAUCUCCUUGGUAAACCUCUUUGGCAGUACCUUUGGCCCCAUGAAAUCUCUCAGGACUCUGCGAGCUCUGAGACCCUUGAGAGCGCUGUCACGGUUUGAGGGGAUGAGGGUUGUGGUCAAUGCCCUCCUGGGAGCCAUCCCUUCCAUCAUGAAUGUUCUCCUCGUCUGCCUCAUCUUCUGGCUCAUCUUCAGCAUCAUGGGAGUGAACCUCUUCGCUGGGAAGUUUGGGAAGUGUGUCAAUAUGACAGAUGAGAAUUCCAAAAUAAGCAGUGAGAUCGAUAACAAAACAGACUGUGGGAUGUAUAACAACACUGGAAAAAUAUUCUGGGUCAACGUUAAAGUCAAUUUUGAUAAUGUUGGCUCUGGCUACCUGGCUCUUCUUCAGGUGGCAACAUUUAAGGGUUGGAUGGACAUCAUGUAUGCAGCAGUAGAUUCACGAGAGAAAGAUGAUCAGCCAAAGAUGGAGAACAGUCUGUAUAUGUAUCUCUACUUUGUGAACUUCAUCAUCUUUGGAUCUUUUUUCACCCUGAAUCUCUUUGUUGGCGUAAUCAUUGACAACUUCAACCAGCAAAAGAAAAAGAUAAGUGGGGAAGAUAUCUUUAUGACAGAAGAACAGAAAAAAUACUACAAUGCAAUGAAAAAGCUGGGAUCCAAGAAACCUCAAAAACCCAUUCCAAGACCCUUGAACAGAUACCAAGGUUUUCUUUUCGACAUUUUAACAUCCCAAAUGUUUGAUGUUGUCAUCAUGGGUCUCAUCUGCCUCAACAUGGUCACGAUGAUGGUGGAAACUUAUGAGCAAAGUGAAACAAAGACAAACAUCCUCAGCAAAAUCAAUAUACUCUUCGUUACCAUCUUUACUGCAGAAUGUGUGCUGAAAUUGCUGGCUCUGAGGCAGUACUAUUUCUCAAAUGCCUGGAACAUAUUUGAUUUAGUUGUUGUUAUUAUGUCACUUGUUGCCUUGCUGCUUUCCAGCAUUGGCAAAGCCUUUGAACAUUUCUUACCACCCACACUCUUCAGAGUCAUUCGUUUGGCUCGGAUUGGCCGGAUCCUGAGACUCAUCCGGGCAGCCAAAGGAAUUCGAACUCUGCUCUUUGCCUUAAUGAUGUCCCUACCUGCCCUGUUCAACAUUGGCCUCUUGCUGUUUCUGGUCAUGUUCAUUUAUGCCAUUUUUGGCAUGGCUAACUGCGGCAUUGAUGACAUGUUCAACUUCCAAACCUUUGCUAACAGCAUGCUCUGUCUCUUCCAAAUCACCACAUCAGCUGGCUGGGAUGGUCUUCUCAGUCCUAUUUUAAACACUGGGCCACCAUUCUGUGAUCCAAACAUAAAUGGUACCAUCGGUGAAUGUGGCAAACCUGCCAUAGGUAUUAUUUAUUUUGUAAGUUACAUCAUUAUAUCAUUUCUCAUUGUUGUAAACAUGUAUAUAGCCGUAAUUCUGGAGAACUUCAAUGCUGCCACUGAGGAGAGUACAGAGCCUUUAGGGGAAGAUGACUUUGAUAUCUUUUAUGAAAUCUGGGAGAAGUUUGAUCCUGAAGCAACCCAGUUUAUAACUUUCUCUGCACUUUCAGACUUUGCAGAUGCUCUGCCUAAGCCUUUGCGUGUACCAAAACCAAACAAAGUUGAACUCACAGCAAUGGACCUGCCUGUGGUCAGUGGGGACAAGAUACACUGCUUGGAUAUCUUGUUUGCUUUCACCAAGAGGGUGUUGGGAGAUUCUGAGGACCUGGAUACUCUGAAACUACAAAUGGAGGAGAAAUUCAUGGCUGCCAAUCCAUCAAAACAAUCCUAUGAGCCGAUAUCGACUACGCUCAGCCACAGGCAGGAGGAAGCGUCGGCCACGGUGAUCCAGCGUGCCUACAGGAGUCACCUGCUCCAGCGCUCCCUCAGACAGGCUUCCCACCUGUACCAGCACACAACUUGCAGCUCUGACACUCUGGAAUAUGCUGCUCCAGAAAACAAAGGACUCAUUGCAUCUAUGCUGCGUGCAUAUUAUAGUAGGAGUCCUAACAGGUCUGAAACUUCGUCCUCAGUGUCCAUCCCUCCAUCGUAUGACAGCGUCACAAGAGAGAGUAGUGGCAAUCUUGUGGUUGAAAAUGGAGAAAUAACAGGCAAUCAACAAUCUCCAGACAUUAAGUAGUUAAUUGGUGACAAAGCUGUUAAGAAUAUUUUUAAAUUUUCACAGGAGAUAUUGUAAAUACAUGUCAGUGGAGGCAGCCUCCCUAUGAAACCAGGUCUGCUGAUGGUGAUCAGUUAAUUAUGGCAGCUGAGAAUCGUGGCCUUUGGCUCUGCUGUGUUCAGUUUUCUUCAGUUUUUACCUAUGCAGAGAAAGGUUUUGGAUCUGUUUGAUCAAUGGCAUCUUACUGCAAAGCAGGUCCCCCAGUAC